AUGGAAAUAAACCAGUUUAGGAAAAACAUUCCACCAUCGUUCGGGGAACGCGUAACCAUCCUUAGCAUCGACGGUGGCGGAGUUCGAGGAGUCAUCCCUGGAGUCAUCCUUGCUUACCUCGAAGAACAACUUCAGGCUAUCGAUGGAAAAGACGCGAGGAUAGCGCACUACUUUGACGUGAUAGCUGGAACCAGCACCGGGACAGGAUCGGCAGAGCCUAAGAAGACGUACAACGCCCUAGAUGCUGCGAAAUGGGGAGUGUUAUCUUGGAUGUUCGACGCCAAAGAUAGAACGACUCCUUUAUUAGACGUUGUCUUUGAAUCAGGCCGGGGCGUGGCCCAAUACCACACCUCGGUUCUGUUCCAAGCCCUAAAUGCCGAGGAUAAUUACCUCAGAAUCGACGUCGAUGAUUUGGACGAAGCCGAUGUCUCCAUGGAUCUUUCAACGGAUGCGAACUUGAAAAAUCUUGAGAAGAUCGGACAGAAUUUACUCAACAGCGAGGUUAAACGUAUGAACCUGGACACUUUUAAAUAUGAACCUAUUGAGGGGAGCAAAAGAACCUAUAAAGACGAACUCAUCAGGUUUGCACAAGAUCUCUCUGAAGAGUUGAAAAAGCGCAAGGCCAACAUGAUGGUUCAUCAAACUGACUGA